AUGGCGUCCCAGUACAAACCGAUCGAGAUUCUCUUCAAACAUGCGGAUGGUAUCGACAUUAGUAUGGAUGUCUAUCUGUCUCCUUCGGCCUCUUCUCAAAGUCCAGCUCCAAUUCUUCUUUGGUGGCACGGCGGGGGUGUCUCUCCUCACCAUCUUCGUGCUCCGGCGAAUCACAAUAUAACCUUUGUCUCUGCGGAUUAUCGCCUUGCACCACAAUUCCGCCUUCCAACUAUCCUCUCUGACUGCGCCGACGCAAUCAAAUUCCUCCACAGUGAUCAGUUCAAGAAAGCGACUGAGGGUCGUGCAGAUCCGACUCGGGUGAUAUUAUCUGGAUCUUCUGCGGGGGGAUGGCUGUCCCUCCUGUGUGGAUAUGUCAUCGGGUUCGAUGAAGCGGGAGUACCCAAACCGCCGAGUGUACAGGGCGUGGUCCCGAUCUACCCUAUCACAGAUUUGGAGGAUCCGUUCUGGAAUACAACGCAAAGGCCUGUGAAAUACAUGAACAGGGUAGUCGCAUACGAGGAAGUUCAGCCUUUUCUCGAUCCCAAUGACCCAGAGAGUCGAAUUGCUUCUUCUGCGUUGGACAGUCCAAGAGCUAUCUUCUAUAGCUAUAUGGUGCAAGAGGCUCUCCUGGCGGACCUCUUACUGUCCAGCACCAAUAUUCCUCCAACCACAUUUUCUGUUGCCAGAUACCUGAAAGCCCUUUCUUCUCCCAACAAAAUGUCUGUUCCUCCGACGUACAUAGUACAUGGAGAUAAGGACCUCAAAGUUCCUGUAGAGCAGUCCCGAAACAUUGUGGAGGCGUUGAAGGACCUGCAAAAGACUCAUGUUGACGUCGAGUAUGAGUAUGAGGAACUUCCGGGUCUAGAUCACCUUUUUGAUCGAGAGCCAAAAUCUCAGAUGGAAAACAUGUACACGUUUAUUCAGAACGUUUUCAACUCUCAGUAGGCACAUUCUAUAGCGUUCUUGGAUCUAUCGAUGUAUCAGUACUCGAUCCUGAGCCGGUAAUGAAACUCACAGCUUACCUUACCUUACCUCCUUGUUCAUGGAGCAGAUGUCAAUAUCCAUGGUGGAUUUUUUGGAAGUGCCCUUCAGGCUGCUGUAUAAGGGAAAUAAUGAUAUUGUGGAGUUUCUUCUGGCCCAUGGAGCUAACAAGUAUUGAGGGUGUAAUAUGGCAUUGCUCUACAAGCUGCCUUUUAAUCCAAUAAGACAACUGCU